AUGGCGUCACCUAAAUUUCACAUCGUGGUGGACGGGCCAGUUGGCACGUCCUUCCCAUCUUUUCCCAGCUCCGACCUGGAGCAAGGCGACGUGACAAAGAUCAUACUAUCGAUGAUCCGGAACAAAAGUGCAGUGCCAGAUAAGUUUUUCUUCACCAUUGACGGCAAAAGCAAAGUCGACGAUGCCACUACACUGGCAUAUUAUAUGUCACUGCAAGCCGAGGUAGGUUUACACUUGGCACGAGCCAGUCAUUCUUGCUUACAAGAUCAGGGCCAAAAGAUACUUCAAGCCAACAAGGCACAACCAUCCCCGCCUGCUGGGGGCUCUGAGCCUCCAAAGCCCGAUGCUCCAAAACCUGAUGCUCCAAAACCUGAUGCUUCAAAACCUGAUGCUUCAAAACCUGCGGCUGCAGAGCCUGGUAUUCAAACCUUCAGGGUACAAGUGACAAAUAACCUGGCAGCUUUGUCUGGCAAUUAUGCUACUAACGCGGGCUCCAAAGCCUACCUUGAGCCAGGAGAUUUGGACGGGACCCAAUGGGACGCUGUGUUCAGAAACAACCGUGUUCUACAUGGAUACUUUUACCAGUGGUCUGGUGCUAACGACGCGAGGCCUAUACUCGUGAAGGCCAGAAAGCCAGCUUUCAACUUGCGUGGCGCUGGCCCAGUUCCCGCAAUCCCACCUUUUUACAUCGAUGACGACGCAUCAGUUGGCAUUGUUGAGAUCAGAACCCAGUUUCAGCACACGCUUAUAAAAGAAGGGUUUGAUUCUGUUGCCGUUGGCGGAAGCCUUGGAGGUGGUGCCGCUUCUAUUCCAGCCACUGUCACAGCAUCAUUUGAGAAGGAGCACUCCACUGUGAGCUCAACGUCCACUAGUACCAGCGUGGAUUCUUUGGUCGCUACAUACAACUUUCCCCGUGUUGUCGUGGAACUCGACCCGGAAUGUCUAGUACUAACAGAUGAGUGCCGAGCGGAUGCGAUGCACAUUACAGAUGAUGCUUCACAAGCACGAUUUUUCCGCACCUACGGCAAGAUAUUCGUAACCAAAUUUACGCUUGGUGGCUAUUUGCAUAGCACUCGCAAUGUCUCUUCCAAAGAACAGUCAUCGCUGGAGCAGGUCAAAGAUCGAACCCGCAUAGCUGCAGGUUUGAGUAUUCAAACACCAAAAGCCAGCGGUGGAAUCAACGUCGCCAAGGUAGAGUCGACAGUUACCGAGACUGGUGUAGCAUCGCUUCUCCAGGACGCGCAUUUGACUUGGAAUGCUCGUGGAGGAGAUACGUUACUCUGUUCGAAUCCACCUGCCUGGGCCAGUACAGUUAAGGAUUACAAGAUGUGGCGACUCAUGAAUGUAAGUAGAAAGCCCAUUCACUCAAAAUUUCCGGAAUUAACGAUUUCUAUAGCAACACAGGCUUGUAACUCUGGAUGGUCUCAUAAAGGACGUCGAUGUUGUGGCCUGGCGAAAGAUCGAUCAGCCAUCUACCGCGCUACCACCAUCUGGAGACAUCCUGAAGGAUCAUGA